AUGCGCUUCUCUAUCCUGACUGUCGCUCUGGCUUACGCCUCGACCGCCUCAGCAGCUUUGAGCUGGUCAUUGCAAAAGGCCUCCAACCCAACAUCAGACCAAGCUGAUGCAUACGUGCGGAUUGAGGAGGCCAUGCGUCGCGCCGUGGCACGAUAUGGGCGCUUCACCGACGCCAGCAAGACCAUCCGCGUCUACUACGCCCCCGGCGUUCCCACCGCCGAAGCGAGCUACAAUGGAGAUCUCCGCUUCGGUUCAAACCGGGCUUACAUGACUGAGCGGACGGCAAUGCACGAGAUCGCUCACACCCUGGGUGUUGGACAGACGGCUGCCUUUGACCAAAAGUGCGCAGCCAACAACUGGCCUUCUGCAACCCGUCUACUUCAGUCUUUCGACGGUCCAAAUGCCCGCAUCAACUGCGGCGGUGGUCACUUUUGGCCAUAUGGUCUCAACUAUGACAACGAGUGGAGCGAGACCAACGCGAACCGACAUGUUCAAAUGAUUGAUGCCAUGCUGGCUGAUGGGAUGUAA